GAAAAAGACGUAAUUGGUGAUAUUUUCAUCCGGGUAGUUAUGCAUAAUAUUAUUAUUUAAGCAGUGGUAGUUAAUCCGAAGUCACAAAAUCAAAACUAUGAACAUUUUAACGGAUUUAACAAUGGAAACCUCAGCUUACCACCUCGUUCCAAAAGUAUGAGAAACUAACACUUACAGAAUUGGCCGUGUUAGUAGAAGUGCAAGGCCGGAUAGCCAAGACAGGCGAAAUUACAACGCCAUGAGAUCGAGAAACAACAAUCGCCGAGGCGAAUACAGUGCCCGAAAGUCAUUCCCACCCCGGGGAGGAAUACAAAAACCUUAUCGAAAUAAAAGAGUUGCAACUCUACGAACAAAAACCAGAACCAGAGACGAAUUUGAGGAUCAACGACGACCAUCCGACAGAAGGACAGGGGAGAAGAGAUACACUCUAAUGGACAGAACAGCAACUGGCAAGGCUGUUGAAAGCAGAAGCGAAGAUAUUAGAACAAUCUUAGCGGGACUCAAGACAAAAGAUGCAAGCGAAAUAUCACUUAUUCUAGGAGUAGACUUAGAAAUGGCGAACAACUACCUUAAGCAGGCUACAGAAAAUGAAAACAGGCUUAAAAGAUGCUUGAAAUACUUGGACAAAGCAUUCCAAAGCGAAACAACAACGGCAUUAAAAGCAAAUCUUAUAAAAGCGAUGGCGGAAACAGAAUUUGUUCGCAAUACCGUCGACAAAUUGAAGCAAUACUUUGAGAGUAAACACUCGAGCGAGGAAGACACUAGUAACCUAGAAGCCGUUUGUGCUUUAUUAAGAAUAAUGAUACGCGUGUGUCUGCUGAAUCCAAGUGCGUUAACUUUUAUACAUGGCAGUUUUGCUGUUAUUAGGGAACUUGUAGCAACAAUCAGAUAUUCCAUGGAAUACAAAAAGGACCCGACAAGCACAAAUGAUACCUCCGAAAGAAACACAAGAAUACAAGCAACGGUCAGAGACUCCAUGGAAUACAAAAAUGACCUGACAAGCGCAAAUAUUUCCUCCAAAGGAAACACAACAACAAAACCAACAGAAGCUGAAAACAGGAUGGAAAGCGACAGUGAUUGUUUGCAAAAUAUCUGUAGUCCCAAGUACAGAGAGGCAGAGGAAGAUAAUAUCGACCACGAUUCUAGCAAUAUAUAUUUAAGGGAUAAUGAAAAAUCUCGAAAACAAAAUUUAUUUACAGAAGGAUCCGACUGUCUUGGAGAAGUAAAUACUUGCUUUGCAAAUUUAGAACAGUUAUUUGCAGAACUUGAUUACACUGUUAAAUCAUGUUCAUCACGAAGAAGAAAACAAAUGCAACAUGAACCUGUUAAUUCUGAAGAAAGUUCCAAUGAAAAUUUUAGGGACAUUCCAAUUUUUCCUCGUCUUGGAGAUCUAAACGGCGACAUUAAACCAAACCUCAGGGUGCAUAAAGCCAAAUGGUCAUACAGCAGUGUAGAUGACUACCUCGAUGUUCAGUUUCGGUUACUGAGAGAAGAUUUUGUCGAGCCGUUAAGGGAAGGAAUUCAUGCCUUUACAGGACAGAUAAAGGGCAAAAAUAAGAAAACGAUUCAGGAAAUAAGUGUGUAUGAAAAUAUACAAAUUUUGUCAGCCUUUUGUGGAGAUGGUGUGAAUCAUAUUCUAAGCUUCGAUAUCAGCAAACUGAGACACGUUAGAUGGAACAUGACAAAGCGACUGAAGUACGGAUCACUAGUUUGUUUAUCAGCAAACAACUUUCAGACAUGUUAUUUUGCAGCAAUUGUAGAUAGCGAAGCAAAAUUCAGAAGACAAGGGCGUCUGCACGUGAAAUUUGCACAUGUCCCGAAUCAGAUACAACAACUAGUCGGAUCAACAUUCACAAUGAUAGAGUCAACUGCCUACUUUGAGGCAUAUCGACCUGUGCUUUCUAGCCUUCAAAGUAUCACCGAAAAUGAUCUUCCUUUUAAAGAGUACAUAAUUAGAUGCAAAAGUGAUGUAUCGCCUCCAAAAUACUUCUUGCGUAAGAAUUCAGAAAGAACACUCGACCUAAGAUGCUUAAUUAAUCCACAUUUCAAAAUAUUUAGUAAAUGUCGUAGGUUCACUUACCCUGAAGAAGAGAUAUUUGAGCCCAAUAUAGACUUCAGCGAAGAUUCAAAAGGAUUGAAAAAAGUAAACAUUCUAGACGGAAAAUGGCCAAUGGAAGAUCAACUACAUCUAAAUUCGUCACAAUUGAACGCUCUUAAAACUGCACUGACAAAGGAGUUCUCGGUAAUACAAGGGCCACCAGGUUGCGGAAAGACCUAUUUAGGACUGAAAAUAGCAAAGGUCUUGCUUUACAAUAAACGCUUAUGGGAACAUGAGAAUGGAGUUCGGGCACAGAUGUUGGUUGUUUGCUAUACAAACCAUGCUCUUGAUCAAUUCAUGGAAGGGAUCUGUUCCUUUUAUAAUGGCGACAUUGUAAGAGUUGGUGGCAGAAGUCGUAAUGAAACCAUGGCAAAAUUUAAUUAUAAAUCAAUCAAAAAGGAGCGUUGGAAUAUGGAAGAUAUGCCAAGUUACAAACGUGGCGCUCGUUUUUAUGCAAAAAGAGACGUUGAAGAUCUUAAAUAUAAAAUAAAUAUAGAAUCGGAGAAAAUCAAAGUAUUGAGAGAACACAUUGUACACGAAAGGUCACUUUCUGACGAAAUGGGAAUUGACCAUUACACACAGUUUAAGUGGCUGAAAAAACGACCUGAACGUUUACCUCCUUGGCUCUCAUUCUUAGGCAAUUCUAGUAUUGUAGAAUGGUUAGGUAUCAUUGAUAUGGCAAAAAGAAUACAAAAUGAAAUUUAUCACGACAACCCUGGAAAGAAAGAUCAGAACUUUGAAUCUUUACUAGACAAGGAACUAAAUAUUGAAAACAGAGAAGCAAUGACAGAAAUAAGUUUUGAUUUCAAACAACAACUUAAAAAAAAGCAAGAGGAAGAACUUACAGCUUUUAAAAGAGAAAAUAUUUCACUUGAUUUUGAUGAAAUAAAUGAUUUGAAAGGACAUUUUUUCAGUGACACAAAGCGAAAAGUUGUUAAAAGGGAACGAAGAAAACUUACAAAAACAUUACAGCACAAUUUACGAAGAAUCAAACCAAUGUCUAAGUCGGAGGCAAUGUCUGUCGGUGAUAUUUUGACCACACGUUUCACACCAGAAAAGAGAUGGGCGCUUUAUUUACAUUGGGUACAGACAAAAUGUAACAAGAUAUACCAGUCCUAUGUAAAGAAGCUAGAACUUUAUGAGAAGGCUGAUGCACUCUUAAAAGAAGUUCAUAUGAUGGAGGAGAAAUUCAUUUUUCAAAAUGCAGACAUUAUUGGUAUGACAAUAACAGGCGCAGCAAAGCACAAAAGUGUUCUUAGAGAGAUUAAACCAACUAUCAUGAUUGUAGAAGAAGCUGCAGAGGUAUUAGAAUCUCAUCUGAUCUCGAAUCUUACUUCAGGAUGCGAGCAGCUCAUAAUGAUUGGAGAUCACAAGCAGUUGAAGCCCAAGCCAAAUGUCUAUCGAUUGGAAAGAGAAUAUAAUUUGGAUCUAUCUUUGUUUGAGAGGAUGGUAAGAAAUGGUAUUAGACACGACUGUUUACAAAUCCAACAUAGAAUGAGGCCUGAAAUAGCAGAUAAUGUGCGUCACUUUUACGGAACUCUUCUAGAUCACGAAAGCGUAAAACAGUUCAAAUCGGUCAACGGUAUUGCCCACAAUUUGUACUUUAUUGAUCACUCCGUUAAAGAAAAGAAAGAUGAAGAGCUAAAGAGCCACACAAAUGUGCAUGAAGUCCAGUAUCUUGUUGCUUUAUGCAAAUAUUUGUUACUCCAAGGUUACAAUGCGUCUGAUAUAACCAUACUGACAACCUACAAGGGUCAAAUGUACAUGAUGAAAAAAGAAAUGCUUGAACAAGGAGACGUCUUAAAUGGUGUUCGUAUGACCAUAGUAGAUAAUUAUCAAGGAGAGGAAAAUGACAUUAUUUUGCUGUCACUUGUAAGAAGCAACGAAGAAGGGCGGAUCGGCUACCUAGCCAGAGACAAUCGGGUUUGUGUUGCACUUUCUAGGGCGAAAAAGGGAUUUUAUAUCAUUGGGAAUAGUACAUGCAUGUCAUCAGCGACUGAUUUAUGGAAACAAAUUCUUAAUAACAUGAGACAAAAAGGGUUCGUUGGUAAAGCAUUACCGUUAUGUUGUCAAAUUCACACCGAAGACGCAGGAAUCAUGGCAGAAUAUUCAGAAGACUUUUUGGGCGCUCCGGAAGGAGGUUGUCAGAAACUUUGUGACAUACGUUUAGACUGUGGUCAUGCAUGUGGAAGGUUUUGUCACAUCAUAAACAGAGAACACACAGAUAUAAUAUGUAAAAAACCAUGCGCUAGAAAAUGUAGAAAUGGACAUCAGUGUAAAAAGGUGUGCUGGCAAGAAUGUUAUUGUGCAGAAACCAUUAUCAUGACUCUGCCAGGUUGCGGUCAUAUAAUAGAGAUCAAGUGCUCAGUUGAUUUAAAAGACUACAGCUGUAAACACAUUUGCAAUAAAAUGUUAAACUGUGGCCAUGUGUGUAGACGAAUGUGCGAAGAUCCGUGCGUUUGCAUGGAACCAAUCAGCGUAAAUUUACCAUGUGAUCACGAUGAAAUAUUACCGUGCUCGGUCAACCCUGCAAAACACAAAUGUAUCAAAGAUGUUCAGAUGCUGCGUACUGACUGCGGACAUAUUGAAACUGUUAAGUGCCGCGAUGUCUCAAAACAUACAGGAUGUAAAAUAGAAUGUAAUCUUCGCCUGGACUGCGGUCAUCUUUGCAAAGAAAUCUGUGGUGUAAUGGUCAGCGAUUUUGACCUAAUGAAAGAUGACAGACGUGCAAUUUCCAAAUGUCCAAAAGGGCAUUUUUCUUACUGUAAAAUGUCUUGCAAAACCAAUCUGAAGUGCGGCCAUACUUGUAAAGGAUCGUGCUGCACUUGCUUUAAGGGACGCUGGCAUAUGUUAUGUAAGGAAAACUGCAACUGUAACUUAAUUUGUGGUCAUAAUUGCAAAGGGAAAUGUGGAUAUUGUUUACCAUGUACCGAAGAGUGUAUGCGAAAUUGUAGUCACAGGAUAUGUAGAAAACUAUGCAUUGAGGAGUGCAUACCAUGCAAAAGCGCCUGUAUCUGGAAAUGUGAGCACUUUAUUUGUACUCAACCAUGUGGUGUAUAUUGCAACAGAGCGCGAUGUAACGAGCCUUGUAACAAGUUACUUCCAUGCAAACAUAGAUGCAUUGGCAUGUGUGGAGAUCCGUGUCCAAAAUUGUGUCGUAUUUGCGACAAAAAAAGUGUCACUGAUAUCCAUUAUGGCGGUGAAAAUUUACCCGAUUCCAGAUUUGUUCAACUACAAGAUUGUGGACAUCUAGUCCGAUAUGAUAUAAUGGACGAGUACAUGGAUAUUGACGAAGGUGCGCGUUUGAAAAGAUGUCCUCUGUGCAAAGAGCCAAUACGUACCACUAAUGGAAAUCGCUAUGAAAACAUAGUCAACAAAAUCUACAUUGAAAUUAACAAUUUCAAACGAUUUGUUCUUCGGGAUUAUGAUUUCUGCUGUACCCUUAUGACAUCCGCUUCAACACAAACAAAAGAAAUGCUAGAUUGGAUAGUGGCCACUGGUUGUACUGCGUGCUCUAAUGCAAGUACAUACUAUACCCUAUCAAACUUUUACAGGCGUUUUCAGUCGCCUCCUGGGAUAUUUGAUUUUUUAGCAUGUCGGAAUGUUGUAAACAUACUGAACCGACUUGCGAUAUUCAGUUUCUUAAACUCGAUUAUGAAGUCAUGCUCGACUGAUAAAGAAGUACUAUUUCGUGGUGCAUCUCUCUGUUUGUCUUCAUCACAACAUUCUUAUGAAAUUGAAAGAGAGGUGAAGAGGUUUCUUGAUAGACGCCAGUUGGAAAAAAUAGAAGAAAAGUAUUUAGUACUUGGGAGCAGCAGCAAGGAAAGACGAGAAAUCAUUGAAAGCGCCAACAAAGUGUUGCUAAAACCGGGACAAUAUUCAGAGGAAGAUCGCAGAAACGUUCAAAAAUAUCUUCAUAUAUUUCCCAAAGACAUUGAUACUGAAGUGAUAAAUCUGUCUAUUGAAAGAGUCAGUAUUGACAGAGAUGCUAUUCUCAGAAAAGGAUAUAUAGAUAUCACUUAUCCGUUACAAGAAUUAUACAAACAAAAUGGAGCAAAACCAAAUAAUUCACAAGGUUCAAGUUCGAAUGUCAGUGAACAGCAUCUUAGCAAGAGGCAAUCUGAAACUCGAGAGCAAAGCGACAGUAGUUUGUACACAAAUGAGCCCACACAUGUUACUGAUUCUGUUGAGAAUAAUCAGGUAAGCGAAGUCCAUACGGUAGAUUAUAAACCAUUCGUUUCCUCGACUGAAAAUAAAGACUCAGAAGAAACAUUACUGGCACCAGAAAUUCACAUAUCCAAAGGAGAUGAAAUUGCUUGUUCUACAAGCACCAGAGUUUUUGAACCUUUGUACAGACAUAUCAUUGUUGCAGGCGAUGAGAAAAAUGUAAAUAAAGAUAGAAACGUAUUACAGAUACAUUAUGAAGAGAUAGAGGAAGGUGAGAUAAUCGAAAAUGAAAUAUCAGAGAUGGAUUUAACAAAAACCGGAAGUAAUAAAAAUCAGGACUCUAAGAAAAGUUUUCAGUGUAUUACAAGGAGAAUUCGAUGUAAUUUACAGGAUAUUGAAGACGGAGAAAUAGAACAUGCAAGUGAUGCGCAAGAGGAAUGUUUAGAGUUUGCAGAAAUUGAACAUAAUAUUGACACAGAUAAAGAGAGCCCGAAGAUUUGUGCAGGUGCAUCCGAUGAUACGAGCGGGCAAGAAGAAACAGUAUUGCACACAGAACACAGCUUUUCGGAGGGAAUUAUAACGAAGGAUAUGCCGUGCAGCAGUAAUAAAAAGGAUAAUCCAAGAGAAAACUUGCUUUUUGGUAAAGAGACAGAUUUCUCAAUGAAACUGCAAUCAAAGACUGAUACUGCUAAAUCUCGUGACGGUAAAGGACAGACCCAUGUCAUAAAACUGUUCGCAUGGCCUAGUGUUCCGUACUUUCACAGUGAACAAUCAGUAUUUCAUUUGAAGAAAAUACAGGAGGCUGGCAUUCAGAACUCUAACGGAAAAGGUUUCUCUGCUAAAAGAACUACUACGAAUCGAAAUAAAGUUGAGCCAGAAGAAAAGAAAGCGAAAACAGACACGGGAACCAGGAUACAAAUAUCGGCAUUAAACAACAAGAAGCGAUCGAAUAAUGAAACAAAUGAAAAAGAACCGUCGAAGAAAAAAAUAAAAGAGGAAGGAAAAGUCUUAUUUACAAUUCACAAUUUUGAAGUUGAUAUUGAAGACGAAAGCAAACAAGAUCUUAAUCCUGUGCCUAAGAAAACAGACAAACGCAAUGUAAUUAUCAAGAACAAUAAAUUUAUCAGUAAUACAAAUGAAGCACAUGAACAAUACAAGAAGCCAGGUGAAAAUAAAACUUUCGGCAAUCCAUUUGUGAUAGAUAAAAUAUGUUGGCCUAAAUCUCCUAAAGCUACCACAUCGAAUAUUAGACAGUUAGUCGAUUAUGUCGAUGUUGAUACGUAUGGAGAUAGUCAUCCAGACUCCGAAAGUCUUUACAGUCAGAAAUCAAAUCUUAUAGAGAGAUCAACUGAAGCAGGGACGAGAAAAAGUCAACAAAUUAGACAAAUGCAAGACAAAAGUAAAAAAGCAGGCACACGAUCAAGUAAUACGCCUGAAUGUAGUAUUUCAUCUUACAAUAAUCGAAUAAUUUCUUCUAUGAAUAAUAGAGAAACGGUAUCUUUUUAUUCCGAUCGUACCCCUAAAGAACAUAACAGACAUUCAGCGCAAAGAAAAAAGACGGAUUUGCGUAAUGUUAUUGAUAAAAAGAAGCAGUCUGAGUCAAAGUUAAGGACAUAUAAUGCAACAGAGAAUAAUGGCAGACGUGGCAUGCACGUGCAAGCCAGAGAGAAAGCGAAAGAAAAACUCAAUCAUCGUAAUACUACAGGGAAACAAAGUAAAGCACAACAAGACCAUAAUGUCUGUAAUUCAUCGGGUAUGUUUGGGGACAGUAUGCAGAAAAGUCGAUGUGAUUUGCGUGAUCUCUUAAAUAGCAAGAGCUGUCCGUAAGACAGCAAAUCUCGACUAUUCGAAUUACUGUCCCAGAAGCAGGAAAGUUACCCUUAAUGUAAGAGUAUUUAUAGAGAUUUAAUCGAGUAUCUGCAUAAGUGUUUGGAGAUGAUAAAUUGCAUGCAAAACUUCAACUAGAAGCUUUAAGUUCACAGGGGACAUAAUUUGGCCAAAAUUCAUGUCAGGUUAUGGGACUUGAUGCUAUAACCUAGUUUUAUAACCCUGAAGAUAUAGUAAAGUUUCAAUUCAAUAUCUGCAUUUGAUUUGGAGACAGUAACUUGCAUGCAAAACAUUAACCAGGAUAACAGUCCAGAAGGAGGCCUAAUUUGUCAAAAAUACAUUUGAGAGUUAUGGGACUUGACCCAGUGAGGUUGGUAAUUGACCUAGAAAAGACGAAAUAAGUUACAGAGCUAUAUGCCUUAAAGUAAUAGCUAUAUGUACUUGAAUGCAAAAUUUUAACCAAGAUUUUCUAAGUCCAAAAGGGGGCAUAAUGUGGCCAAAAGGCAUGUCAGAGUUAUUGCUCUUGGUGCCAUCACCUAGAUUUAUGACCCCGGAGACACAUUUGAAGUUUCAAUUCAAUAUCUGCAUUAGUUUUGGAGAUAAUAACUUGCAUGUGAAACUUCAACCAGGAUUUUCUAAGUUCAAAAGGGAGAAUAAUUUGACCAAAAUACAUGUCAGAGCUAUGGGACUUGACCCCAGUGAGGUUGGUAAUUGACCUAAAAAAAGAAAAAUAAGGUUCAAAGCUAUAUGCUUUUAAAUGAUAGCUAUAUGUACUUGCACGCAAAACUUUAACUUUUCUAAGUCCAAAAGGGGGCAUAAUUUGGCCAAAAUGCAUAACAGGGUUAUGGCUCUUGAUGCUAUCACCUUGUUUUAUGACCCCAAAGACACAUGUCAAGUUUCAAUUUAAUACCUGCAUUAGUUUUGGAGAUAGUAACAUGCAUGUAAAACUUUAAUCAGGAUUUUCUAAUUCCAAAAGGGGGCAUAAUUUGGCCAAAAUACAUGUCAGAGUUAUUGGACUUGACCCAAUGAGGUUGGUACUUGACAUAGAAAAAGAAAAAUCAGUUUCAAAGCUAUAUGCCUUUAAAUGAUAGACAUAUGUACUUGCAUGCAAAACUUUAACCGAGGUGUGACGCCGACGCCGACGCCGACGCCAUGGUGAGUAGAAUAGCUAGACUAUUCUUCGAAUAAUCGAGCUAAAAAGAGUUGUGAAGGAAGUAGCCGAUCACUAGAGACUGAUGCUGAGAUAGAAAUUGAAGGCGAGGUUUGGAAAGUUCUUGAUACAGCUUAACUCAGAUAGCGCGUUCUAGCAAAUAGUUUAUGGAUGAUUUUAUAUUACAAUGUAUUGCUAAGGCAAUCAUCCUGACCUAGAAAAAAAAAUUUCAAAGCUAUAUGCCUUUAAAUGAUAGUCAUAUGUACUUGCAUGCAAAAACAAGGGAGUAUAAUUUAAAAUGUAUGUCUAAAUAUGUUCGUUUAUGUAAAUAACAAAGUGAUAAAUGCCGUGUAGUUAUACGAUUUUAACACGUAUGAUAUCAAGAAGAUUUAUUUCUGUUUUCACAUUUAUCUCUUACUCUUUUUCACUAUACAUCUGACUGUUAUCAUUUCCAGAUGUUAUAUAGUCAUGCACUUGUGCUAAAACCUAACUGUGAUUAAAAAUACCAUGACACUUUACGUAUUUUGUUUGUAAAUACUCCGAACCAAUUUGUUUGCUCUUAAUAGUUAUUUGUAUGUUCAUGCAAUAUUAUCAGAGCUGGUAAGAAGCAACUGUCUAGAAUGUACAGGUUUAUAAUCGUUACAAUUCACUCAGGACAAAUGCAGUUUUUACCCUUGAAACUUGAUAAUCAUAGAAUUUAUUUACUUAUUAAUCUUCAUUUUCCGUUUUUGAACAUUUUGCAUUUUUUAACAUUAGUUUCUAACAUUUUUGAAUAUGAAAAAUUUUGACAAAAGCUCAAGUUUACAUAUGAUGUAAAUUACUGAAUUCCUGUCAUUUUAUUGAUAUCUUGACGUUAUCUUUUUUCACUGAUCAUUUUUAAGCGCAGGUUACAUUUUCAUUGUUUAUAGAGCGUUCUCCGAGACUUUACUCUUUUUGUUGCUCAAAUCAGGUAGAAUAGAUAUCUACUUCGAGAAAUAAAGAAAAAAUGUUUACUAUGACUUGAAAAAAUGCAAUUUAAUCUAACGAAAUUUUACGAUAGUUUCAAAUAUGAUAAAUACAUACAAAGCAUAAAUUUCAUGUAUGUACAACAUAAAGUCUUUAGUAACAACUUGAAGAUAAAGAACAAAUGUCUUUCUCCAAAUCUCUGUCAGAGGUCAUUUUGUUGCCGGAUUCUUAUACACUCAUAAACAUUUGAAUUAAGUUUGUUUUUCUUACAAGAUGUGUGUACAUAUUGCUUUCCGUUACAUAUUAAUAUUCAUUUAGUCCAGUUGAAAAUUCUGGUUGCUUUUGUUUAUUUUGUUUAUUUUAUAUAUGUAUGUAUAUGUAACUCGUAUUGAAAAAAGAUUUUGUACCAUUUUACAUAGUUUAAAAUACUUCUGAUCUUGUCGCAUCUAAUUUUACACACAUCAUCAUAUCAUAUCACUGACUUCAGCUGAAAUAAGUUUUAGUGUUUCCCAUUGUCAUAUAUAAUCGAACAUUCAUCUAAAGUACUAUUGUGUGUUUUACAUGUUUUUAUUUGUAUAAUAUAAAGGGUUAGGGUUAUUAUAAUAGUAGCUCGAUUUGGGAUGCUGUAUUCGGCUCGAGUCGAUUUUGCUAGAUCGGAUCUCAAGAGGUGCGCAAGCGAAGGCUGUUGAUAUUAUUUAUACAGGGUCAGUUCAAUACUAGUAAUUAAAUACUUGAUCGUAUACUACAA